GCAGUAUCCACUGCUCGCUGUCAAUCUUAUUCCAUCUGAGGGUUCCCGAGGUUCCCAGAGACAAACCGGACAUUCAGAUGCAAAUCUGCGAUCCCAAAACCUUUGAAAUUUAUAUCACUCCCUAAACACCAACGCCGUCAGAACACUCCUCACCGCUCGACAGACACAGCCUCGACAAAUAUUAGACAUUAUUCCCUUCAUUCGUUCUUUAACUACGCCGGCGCAAGAGCAGACCCCAAGAUAGAUGCUCUUCUCCCUUCUUACAGUCCCCACUUCUAUAUUACUUUUUCUCGCUUAUAUCCUCAAUGAGGUGACCGUCACCCCCAUUGCCAAUUUUACGGUCCCUCUUCAUCGUCCCACAUCAACCUCCACAUUCAACCUUCUACCUGCAGCUCCUAUCAACGGCUCAUGGAAUGUCAUUUGGCAGCCUCCAUCCUUGUUGACACUUUGGACUUCAGCUUUGAACGGCUUGCCCUCAAGUAUUCUGACAGCUCUAAAGUUUAAAAACAUCCAAAGGCUGAAGAGAUUUUAUGACUUCUCCAUCGGUGCUUGUUUACUGGGCGUAGCCAUAGGCGUAGGAGGAGCAGGGUGGAUCACUUACAGUGUUUGGAUGGACGUAUGGAGAGAGCUAGAGGGGCAUGUUCGGCUUUCCCCUGAUAUUGAAGGAGAGGUGGUAGAGGGUGUCGGCCAGGAGAUCGUGCGACGGGCCUUUGCCCCUGUAAUUGAGGUACCCACAGCAAUUGGCGGGGCAACGGGGGGUGGAUUGAGACCUUUGAUACCAGGUUUAACUGUGCCUUGGUCCCAUACCCCUAGUCUGAUACUGGCAUUGGUGGUGAAUCAGCUCAUUCACGAGCUCGGACAUGCUCUUAGUGCUUCUCUCGAUGAUAUUCGGCCCUCUAAACUGAGCUUCAAUUUACAUUAUUUUUUGCCUAGUAUGACGGUUGAAUUUCCUUCUGUUCAAUCCCUUACCGCGAAUGGCAAAAUGAGGAUUGCCUCCUCAGGUCCAGCUCAUAACCUUAUCAUUUGGUUUAUACUCUGGCUUCUUACCUUUAGUGGCUUUGGUCGAAUAUUCUGGAAGACUCAAUCCACCGGAGGUGUUGUGGUGCAGGAUGUGGAUUGGACCUCCCCUCUUGCCAGACAUCUUCAAGCGGAUGAUAUCAUAACCCAUCUUAACGAUAUCGCCCUUUCGCCUACAUCCUCUUCACCCUCCCCUGUCGACAAGUGGAUUUGGUAUCUUACUUCCUCGAUAGAAGAUGACCCUGAAAGAGGUUGGUGCGUCACCAGAUCCGAUUUCCUAGCGCUUUCACCCACGCCCUGCGAUUUCAAAACACAAAAAGGCCAAGGAGCAAUCCCUUUCCGAUCAGUCAACACUCGUGGCUAUCCACAAGAGCCACUGGAGAGAUGUAUUCAUCCGCAUCCGAUCCUCGACAUCCCUUCUAAAGCUUGCCCAUGUCCUGAUGAAAACUGGCUAUGCAUUCGGCCCAAAGCAACCGAUAUUCUUAGAAUAAGGGUUGGGGGCAGGAAAGAAAAGGUCGUUCUGUGGGAAGGAACCCGAGAGGAGGUUUUAAGGGUCGUGAAUGUGGGCGUCCAAGUCGGAAGAAUUUGGAGUGCGGGUAUGCGUACUCUGGGGCUUAUUUUUAGAUACACACAAAUAAUCGCUUCCUCGCUCUUCCUCUUUAACCUCCUUCCUCUCCCCUCAACCGACGGCUCCCAACUUCUGGAGGCUUUGACUGAGUGGACGCCAACGGGGAAACCGGUGAAGCCUUUGACUGCAAAAUCAAUGCAAGCUACUUUGAAUACGCCUGAAAGCCGAGAAUUGACGGAAGCAGAAGGGUAUGAAUUGGCGAGCGAUGAGGAAGCUGCUAUAGGCUUGAAAGCCGAUCAGUCAGGAAAUACUGGGACACGACAGAAGCCAAAGGUAGCCAAGUGGAAGAAGUUUCUGAAAAUAACUGUGCAAGUUUACAUGGUCGCAGUUUGCGUUAUGUGGGUCAUCGGAUGGGGUAUGAUCCUGCUCUUACAAAGCAGUUGAGUGUUUCGCCACUUAUUGGUUAUAUAAAAAGAAGAAAUACUUGGGAUAUACAUUUUGCCACGUUAACGUGCAUCUGCUGCAUAUGAAU